AGAGAGAGAGAGAGAGAGAGAGAGAGUAGGAGUGUGUGUGUGUGUGUGUGUGUGUGUGGGGAGGCAACCUACAGCCGCGGAGAACAUUUCUUUAUUUUUCUGUUACUCCAUUAACCCUUUACAGCUGUACCGUUCCUGUUGGAGUCGUUUCCACCCCCCGCCUUCCUCCACUGCAGCUCUUUCUGUCCAAGUUGAAUCCUAAACCUCUGAGAUCCUCGUCCACAAGCCCAAUGUGUCUCCUGCAGGACAAUUCACACCUCCUCCCGAAGCGCUUCUGCUCUUCUCAGCGCUUUGCUGCGGAAAUCCUGCAUCGUUUUCCUCACUGAACUUUGCACAAAGAUCUCGCCUUCUCCGCUCACCUUACUGGUUUUUUACACGCAGAUCCAUUUGGUACUUUUUUUUUUUUUUUUUUGCUUUCUUUCUUAUGGAAGUGAUGGCGGAGCAGCGCGCGCGUCUGUUCCUCUUUAUUUCAGCCCUCAUCUCUCUGAGUGCUGCUGUUGCAGAUAAAGGUCCUGCGGUGAGGCCGUUCACUCGGCUGCUGUUCUCGGUGGAGCCGCUGGACGUGUCAGCUGUACGUGGUUUGCCUGCUGUGUUAAACUGCUCGGUGGUCAGCGAGUACCCCGUGAGGGUGGAGUGGAAGAAGGACGGCACGUUCCUUAACCUGGCGGCAGACGAGCGCAGACGCCUCCUCCCAGACGGCUCUCUGUUCAUCAGCACCGUGGAGCACUCUGUUUACAACAAGCCUGAUGAAGGCAUGUACCAGUGUGUGGCCUCCAUUGACAACCUGGGCACCAUCAUCAGCCGCGCUGCCCGAGUCACCGUGCCAGGUCUGCCGCAUUUUGCCAGCCAACCAGAGAGUGUGUCUGUAUACCCUGGGGGUAACGAGGUGCUAAUCUGUGAGGUGAGUGCGGAUCUCGCUCCGUUCACGCACUGGCAAAGGAACGGUCAGUCCGUAGAAACGGGUGUGCGGCUGGUGAAGCUGCCCAACUCGGCUCUGGUGAUCAGCAACGCUUCACAGGCCGACGCCGGUGCGUAUCGAUGCAUCAUAGAGGGACUGGGACCAGCCAAGACGAGCCAAGAUGCUCAGCUAGAGCUUUUACCAGCCUCAGCUGUCGAUGAGAGAAUGGAAGUCCUAAUGGGUCCGUCUGCUGUGUCCAAGCCCGUAGGAGGGACGGUGCUACUGCCAUGUGUGGUGAAGGGCGUCCCACUCCCUGUCAUUCGCUGGACGCAGAACAGCAAGGUCAUUGAUGAGAGUGACGAAAGAUUUGCUAUAAUCGGUGGAGGCAGCCUGCAGAUUGUGAAUCUGACCGAGGAUGAUGCUGGUACCUACAGCUGCCAGGCAGACAACGGCAAUGAGACCGUCGAAACCCAAGCAGAGCUUAACGUGCAAGUUCCCCCUCGGUUUCUAAAGAAGCCCUCCAACAUGUAUGCUCACGAGGCCAUGGAUAUUAUCUUUGAGUGCGAUGUCGUGGGCUCCCCAGCUCCGACGGUGAAGUGGGUGAAGAACGGAGACGCAGUCAUCCCUAGCGACUACUUUAAAAUAGUGAAUCAGCAUGAUUUGCAGGUUCUGGGAUUGGUGAAGUCUGAUGAGGGUUUUUAUCAGUGUGUGGCUGAGAACGAGGUCGGCAACACCCAGGCCAGCGCUCAGCUCAUCAUCCUGGAUCUGGACAUUGCCCUCCCCACAUCUCCAGUCCCCUCACUGACCAGUGCCACUACUGACCAUGUAGACUCCGGGGAGCGUUCAGGCUCCAUCCCGUCACCACCGCGUGACCUUGUGGCUUCGCUCGUAUCCACUCGCUUCAUCAAACUCACCUGGAGGCUUCCGGCUGAGCCGCACGGAGACAACCUCACCUACUCUGUCUUCUACAGCCUUGAUGGCUCCAGCAGGGAGCGGGUUGAGAACACCACAGCUCCAGGAGAACUGCAGGUCACCAUCGACAACCUCAUCCCUGACACUAAGUACACAUUCAGGGUGGUGGCGUCCAACAGAAACGGCCCGGGUGAAAGCUCUGCUCCUCUUACAGUGGCCACCCAGCCUGAAGUGCAGGUACCAGGACCUGCCCCCAACCUCCAGGCCGUGUCCAUCACACCCUCUACUGUCACUUUGACCUGGGAGAGACCACUCACAGGGAACGGGGAGAUCCAGACCUACAAACUUUACUACAGCGAGAAAGGAAAGGACGUGGAACAGGACACAGAUGUUGUCGGUUUGUCUUACACAAUGACAGGACUGAAGAAGUUCACGCUGUACAGUUUCAGAGUCGUGGCUUACAACAAGCAUGGCCCUGGAGUGUCUACAGAUGACCUGCUGGUCCACACCCUUUCUGACGUACCAGGCGCCGCACCUCAAAACGUCUCGCUCGAAGUGCAGAACUCGAGGAGCAUUAUGGUACGAUGGCAGCCUCCACCUCCUGGCGCUCAGAACGGGGAGCUGACAGGUUAUAAGAUCCGCUACAGGAAAGCUGGGAGGAAAGGAGAUGCAGCUGAGAUCGUAACUAAUCAACUCUUUCAGCUUAUUGAUGGUUUGGAAAGAGGAACCGAGUACUCGUUCCGGCUGUCCGCCAUCACGGUGAACGGCAGCGGCCCGUCGACCGAGUGGAUCUCCGCAGAAACCUUCGAGAACGAUUUGGACGAGUCUCAGGUACCUGGAGUGCCCAGUUCGCUGCAUGUGCGUCCACUGGUGAAUAGCAUCGUGGUGAGUUGGACACCUCCAGAAAAUCAGGACAUUGUGGUGAGAGGCUACAGCAUUGGCUAUGGGAUCGGCAGUCCCCACUCUCAGACCAUUAAAGUGGACUACAAGCAGCGCUACUACAGCAUUGAAAACCUGGACCCAAGUUCGCACUAUGUGCUCACUCUGAAGGCCUUCAACAACAUGGGAGAGGGAAUACCUGUGUACGAGAGCGCCAUCACCAGGCCCCAGUCAGGUCCCAUAGAGCCAGAUAUUGAUUUAUUUAAAAUAUAUCAUCAUACCCCCCACACCCCAGCACCCGAGCCUUCCCCCAUGCUCCCCCCAGUGGGCGUGCAAGCCUCCGUCAUCAGCCACGACGCCGUGAAAGUCUCCUGGGCUGAUAACUCGCUGUCCAAGAACCAGAAGAUCACCGACUCCAGAUAUUACACAGUCCGCUGGAAGACCAACAUCCCGGCCAACACCAAGUAUAAGGUUGCCAACACCACCACUCUAACAUACACCGUAACAAACCUGAAGCCCAACACGCUGUAUGAGUUCUCGGUCAUGGUGACUAAGGGCCGGCGCAGCAGCACAUGGAGCAUGACCGCUCACGGGACCACCUUGGAGACACUUCCCACAUCGGCACCUAAAGACGUCACUGUGGUGAGUAAAGAAGGUCGUCCACGCACCAUCAAUAUCAACUGGCAGCCGCCAUCAGAGGCCAACGGCAAAAUCACAGGCUACAUAAUUUACUACAGUACGGAUUCCAACGCGGAGGUACACGACUGGGUCGUAGAGCCGGUGAUGGGGAACAGACUGACCCACCAGAUUCAGGAGCUCACGCUAGACACCGCGUAUUACUUUAAGAUCCAGGCGCGCAACUCCAAAGGCAUGGGGCCGCUCUCGGACACGGUGCACUUCCGCACACCCAAAGCUGAGCCUUCAGACAAAAUGUCAAGUGAUCAAGUAGGCUUUCCAGGGAAGCCAGGUGGACGUUCUCCCUUACCAGAUCAUGGAUUUGGGUCCUCCUUGGAUAAGCCAGGAAUCACAGGAAGUCAAGAGAAUCAUAUCCUAGUGAUCAUCAUUGUUUCUGUGGGAGCGCUCACCAUCAUCACAGUGGUGGUGGGUGCAGUCCUGUGUACACGCCACUCCAACUCACAUCAGAAAAAGAAGCGUGCUGCCAGUAAGUCCAGUAAUGCAUCUCACAAGUACAAAAGCACCUCUAAAGACCUGAAGCCACCAGACUUGUGGAUCCAUCACGAGCGAGUGGAGAUGAAGUCGAUAGACAAAUCACCGGAGCCCAACGUGGUGAUGACGGAGACCCCCAUCCCCCGAGCCACGCAUGAGCCCUCCAGUGGCGACGCUGCACACCAAAGACAAACCACCUACCGAGGUCAUGAGGUUGAGGAGAGCGUGUCUACGCUAGCAGGAAGAAGGGGAGUGAGACCCAAAAUAAUGAUGCCCUUCGACUCACCGCCUCCACAACCUGUUAUUAGUGCACAUCCCAUCCACUCUCUCGACCACCUUCAUCAUCACCAUCAUCAUCACUAUCAUCCUCCACCGCGUGGUUACCUCCAUCAUCAGAUCAGUCUGAGGGCUCCUGCUACACCCUCAUCCUCUGGCCCUUAUGUAGACAGACCUUCUUCUUCAGAAUCAGUAAGGACUCAGCCACCUUCCUCCGAGCUGCCGGUGGCCUCCAGCCCAGCUGACCUGCAGCACACAGAGGUUCUGAUUAAAGAUGACGAUGCGCACUGCUAUAAACCUCCCACAGCCCACAUCCACCCCACACACCCCAUGAAGAGCUUCACCGUGCCCACUGUCACCGUGUCCACUCACGGCACACCCAGUUCUGCCCUGCCUUGCACCGUGCUCAUGCCUCCACCAGUUCCCGGUGUGAAGGCGGCAUGUAUUGGCACCCUGAGCAGAGCUCGCGCUCCCGUGGCCGUCACCGUGCCCAGCGCUCCUGACCAAUCAGAAACCAGCAAGAUGCUGCCACAGAAAGAGUCUGCCUACAGGACAGAUGAGCUGUCAGAAGAAAUGGCACAUCUGGAGGGCUUGAUGAAAGACCUGAACGCCAUCACGACGGCCUGAACGCAUCAACCAGCGUCAACACACACUCAACAUAAACUCUGAGAAAAGACUCGUGACUUUAAAAGGAACCAAGAACACAUUAUUUUCAGAGAGGACGUGUUUUUGGUCGCACGUUUCUCCGGAUCAGCAGCGGGGUUAAACGUUUGCGGAGGAAAAGCAUCGUAAAUCAAGUACUCUCGAGGAAACUGGAUAUUUUUAAUGUUGUAGUUUUUCGCGACUUCAUAUGGGUAUUUUUUGUGUUUGUUUCUACGUAUAUGUACACGUACAUACUGUAUGUAUAUAUUUUUUCUUCUUUACAUUUGUCCGGACUCCCUUUAAAGCGGCCAUGCCGUUCACGUUCACGUUUCCUUCCGCGUAAAAAAGGGAGUACGUGUAUGUUCGUGAGAAUGGACGUCGCCUUUUUGGUUUCAGAUCGAACAACGAAUACGUCCCCUGGACCACGGAGAGACGAUGACGCUCGUGUGCUCGUUCCAGGGGAAACCUGUAGCAUGAAACUCAAAAUAUGCAUCAUAAAUUAUAUGACAGGAAAUGACAUACAGAUGAGAUACUGAUAUGUAUAGUUGGAUGUAAAGGCUAUUUUUCUUAAUUAAAAUAAUUUGUUGCAUCAGUUCUACAGUGCCGUAGUCGCAGUACACGGACGGCGAAGAGCGUCGGCUUUAACACCUCCUCUGCUCACGAGUGGACCGUCUGUACGAGCGGAAGCACAAACCGAAUGAUGUCAAGUUUUUUCUGACCUGAAGCAGAACUUGUAUGAAAAUGCACCGAAUUUUGUCCUUUCUACAUUUCCAAAAGACACUUUUUAUACUAUGUCCUGUGUUUCUUUUUCAUUUUAUUUUAUUUUAUAAAAGGAAAGCAGUGAUUUUUAAAGGUUUUUUUUUUUUGGUGAAUCCCCCACCAGCUUUCUGUUCCGUGGCUCCUCCCGUCCGACGCCAGAUCCGUUUCCGUGUACAAGUGUCGUCUCAUACGAACGAACGUUAACGUGACAGUCAGAAAUUCUGCUAGUGUUUGUAAGUGUUUCGGGGAUGAAGAUGCCGAACGUUAGCUGAACCGUUAAAACUUCAUUUGCACAUUUUCUAUAGAAUUUAAAAAGGAAACACUGAUGUCAUGUAAAAAACUAAACUAUUUUCCGUAAUAACGAAGCCGUUUUUCUGAAUACUGUCGUUCGAUUUUGACCUUGUGCUACGGACUCAUACUGCUAUUUUCGUUGUUGUACAAUGAUGUGACAGUGCAGUGUAAAAUAUGUUGUUAAGAAAAAAAAAUACAUUUUUUGGUAAUUCGUCUUAA